AUGCUGACAGACUUGUACGGAAAUCCUCACUCAGAAAAUGCUCCCGCGAGGCUCUCUAGCAAUGUCGUUGAGGACGUCCGCGCUAAGACGCUUGACUUCCUGGGUGCCAAUCCGGAACACUUCGACUUUGUCUUUGUCGCAAAUGCUACGGCAGCUAUCAAGCUGGUAGGGGAAGUCUUCCGAGACUUGGGAGAGAAGACACAUUCGAAAUCAUUCUGGUACGGGUAUCACAGGGACGCCCAUACCAGCCUCGUUGGAGUUCGUGAGUGGUCGAACAACCAGUCCCACUGCUUCGAAAGUGACGAAGAGGUCGAAGAAUGGCUGCGUCGGCCAGCUACUGUCGAUGUCAAACGGCCAGAUCGCCACUCCUUAGGGUUGUUUGCGUACCCGGCCCAAUCAAACCUGACUGGCAGGCGACUGCCCUUGGAGUGGGCAGGGCACAUGCGCCAUACCGACGACUUACAGAAUACAUACACGCUGCUGGAUGCGGCAGCGUUAGCCAUGACGUUUCCUAUGUCCCGAGUGUUUUCAAAUCCAGCAUCAUCACCGGACUACACGUGCCUCUCUUUCUAUAAGAUAUUCGGCUUCCCAGAUGUAGGGGCACUGGUUGUCCGCAGAGAGUCUGGCCACAUAUUGAGUCUGAGGAGAUAUUUCGGAGGUGGUACCGUCGAAGCUGUCGGUGUGAUCGAUGACGUCUUUCACCGUUCCAAGGGCCAAGAAGGACCUGAUGAUAAGCUGCAUGAAGGGCUGGAGGAUGGGACUCUCCCUUUUCAUAGCAUCCUUGCCCUUGGCGAAGCCAUCGAUUCGCACAAGCGACUUUUCAUCUCGAUGGAGGUGGUGUCUGACCAUACACAUUAUCUUACAACGCGGUUGCAGCAAGGGCUCAUGGCGCUGCGGCACUACAAUGGGCGGUUGAUGUGUCAAAUCUAUCAUUACAAGCACCCGAAGCAAGACGAUGUCUCCGUCGAGAGCACCUCCAGACAUGGCUCGGCAGUUGCUUUCAAUAUCAUCGGUUAUGAUGGGAAAUACGUUCCGUUUACGGAAGUUGAAGAAGCUGCGAAUCAAGCCGGAAUAUAUGUCAGGUCAGGAGGUGAGUUGGGCAAUGCACGAGUGAACCGAUAA